AUGCGCGCGAGUACCCGACCCCGAAAGGACGGACAUGUGCGAUUUUCCUCCAAGACAGACAUAAGCGCACCACACUUGGAUGGAGAAGAUCUCGCAAAGCUAGAGAAGUCCUCUACACCGCAAUUCCGCCACUUGAGCGAGAUGGCCUCGGAGGAGGGCAGUGAAGAUUUCGGGAUUCAUUCAAAGGAAGAGCAGGUGGUGGGCAUGGCCGGCCGGAAGCGAUUACAACGGACAGGGUCCGUCAAGCCCAACGCCAAACAACAAUGUUCCUUCUCCAGCCAAUACGCGUCUACGCGAUGGAUGGAGACUCAGCGGAAGCACCUUCAAGCAUACGAAUACCUCUGCCAUAUCGGAGAGGCACGAGACUGGAUCCAGGACGUGCUGGAACCCAUGGAGCUUCCUCCCAUCGUACAACUAGAGGAGGCAUUACGAGACGGAGUGACCCUCGCCGAAGUCGUUGUCCGCCUUUCCACUGGUUUGCCGGUAGACCAACAACCUGCUCUGGGGUCGAUGCGCAUAUUCCGUUCACCGCGCCUGCAGUUUCGCCAUUCCGACAACAUCGCUCUCUUCUUCCGUUUUCUGGCUCAGGUUGAACUUCCCGAACUUUUCCGCUUCGAACUUGUGGAUCUCUACGAAAAGAAGAAUAUCCCCAAAGUCAUCUACUGUAUCCACGCGCUCUCAUGGCUGCUCUACCGCAAAGGGAUAGUGGAGUUCCGAAUUGGCAAUCUCGUCGGCCAACUCCAAUUCGAGGAGCACGAACUGGAAGAGACUCAGAAGGGCAUUGAUCGCAGCGGUGUACAGAUGCCCAAUUUCGGUGGCAUGAAAGCGGCAAUGCAAAUCGAAGAACCCGAACCCGAGCCGGAACCUACACCCGAAGAGCUGCUUGCUGAGCAGGAAGACGUGAUCCUGGAUCUUCAAUCGCAGGUCCGCGGUGCCCUCGUCCGCCUGCGGCUCGGCAGUAUGAUGCAGGAUCUGUGGGAUGCGGAAGAAAGCAUCGCGCGAUUCCAGGCAAAGGCCCGUGGCGGGUUUGCGCGGGAGAUCUUCGAUUUCAGAUAUGCAAUGGAUCUGUCUACUCGGAGAUUCCAGGCUGCUGCAAAGGGGUGCCUGUUCCGGAGGCGACAGCAAAGGAAGCAAAUGGACUGGGCGAGAAAUCAGGCUGCGGUGGUCAAAGUACAAGGCCUGUGGCGUGGAAGGCAAGACAGAGCGCAGACGCAACAGAUUAAGACUCAGUUGCAGAAGCAGAGCAAUGGUACUCGCGAGCUACAAGCUGCGAUUCGCGGUGCUUUGGGCCGGUGGAGGGCUGGUGACCUUUGGCAAGAGACGCACGACGUGGAGGUUGAGAAGCAAAUGGCUCUCCUCCAAGCUGCAGCAAGAGGCUUUCUACUGCGAAAGAGUCACGAAACCAGACAUGCACAGAUUCAACGACACCAUGAUGCCGUUACGGACAUCCAGAGCGCGGCGCGAGGGCUGGCGGUCAGACUUCGACAAGCAAGGACUAUCGGCGCACUCCAGGGCAGAGAAGCUGGCAUUACGAAACUGCAGGCUGUCACCAAAGCAUCGCAGGUCAGAAUGCAGCAGCGAGUGCUCAAAGAGCGCCUACGCCAGCAAGACGCAAAUGUGAAGGUGAUGCAAUCCUUCGCGCGUGGAAUGCUGGAACGAGGACGCAUAGGAAAGCAGUUCGCAAGCCUGGAAAAGCAAGAGAGCAAGAUCACUGACUUGCAAUCGCUGGCGAGGGCAUACCUUGAACGACAGCGUAUCUUCGAGCAGCUCGUGGAGAUGGAGAAAGAAGACGACCGGAUCACUCAAUUACAAGCGCUCAUCCGGGCCAUGAUGGUCCGAAGCAACAUCGGGACUCUACUUGCUGCUCUUGAAGACCAUGAAGACGCGAUUGUUCACCUCCAGGCGGCAGCCCGAGCAUUCGUCGUCCGAUCGCAGUUCGAGACCAAGCUUCAACAUUACCACGAAAACAUGCAAAAGGUCAUCAAGCUCCAGUCCUUCGUGCGUGCGAAGCAGCAGGGCGAGAGCUAUAAGUCGCUGGUGAAUGGGAAGAAUCCUCCCUUACCCGUGGUCCGACGACAUCUCCACUUAUUGACGGACUCGACCCUGGAGUUUGAAUCAGAACUCGAGGCUGACAGACUGAGGAAGCAAGUCGUUGAGAGCGUGAGGCGGAACGAACUGGUCGAAAGCUAUGUCGAAGGCCUGGACAUGAAGAUCGCCUUGCUCGUGAAGAACAAGAUUACGCUGGAUGAGGUCGUCAAGCAUCAGAAGCAUUUUGGCGGCUCUGCAAGCCAGCUGCUUCGAAGUGGAGCGGUCAUCCCGGGUGGGAGCAGUGGCCUCGAUCUGAAAGCCCUGAACAAGUCAUCUCGGAAGAAACUCACCGGCUACGAGGAGCUGUUCUUCAUGCUGCAGACCCAAUCGCAGUAUCUGGCGAGACUGUGUCAGCAGCUGACUGCUCGUGGUUUGGCCGAGAAGGAUGGCAAGAACCUGGAGCGCCUGAUGAUGACGCUCUUUGGAUAUGCGCAGAAGAGUCGCGAGGAGUACUUCCUCCUCAAGCUCAUGGCGGCAAGUGCGCAAAACACCAUCUCACAAUCUCAAAACUUGGAAGAAUACUUAAGGUUGCAAAGCGGCGCCUUCUACCAACGGCUGCUGAUGAGCUACAUCCGCAGUCCCAAGGAUCGGGCAUACCUCAAGAGUCUCUUCGGCGGGCUUGUCAAGGAGGGGAUCUGCGCCCAGGAUCACUUGGACCUCGAAAGCGACCCGUUGCAAAUUUACCGCGCGAUCCUGAACAAUGAAGAGCUUUCUACCGGCCGACAAUCUGAACGCCCACGAGACCUGCCACGCGAAGUGGUGAUUCGAGAGGCGGAUGUUCGGCCGAAGUAUGUCGAGCAUCUGCAGGACCUUCGCGACCUGUGCGAUAGUUGGUUCCUUUCGCUCGAAGAGACGCUGCACCGCAUGCCGUAUGGCUUGCGCUAUCUCAUGGCCGAGCAGUACCGCGCGUUGUGCGAGCACUUCCAACGUGAUGAUCCCGCGCAGCUCGCCAUGCAGAUGGGAUCUUGGCUUUGGAAGACAUUCUUACUACCUGCCCUGAAAGAGCCGGAACUCUGGGGUGUUGUCGAUCGAGGCUUGAGUCCUGCGCACAAGCGCAAUCUUGGUCAAAUCAUCACGGUCCUCAGCCAAGUCGCCGCUGGAAGACUCUUCAGCACUGAAAACUUGUACCUGCAGCCGCUCAACAGCUGGAUGUCGGAGUCUCUGGACCGCUGGCAUGAAUGCCUGAACCGAGUUCUGGACGUUCCGAGCUUGGAUGAGCAUUUCGAUGCGGAUCAAUUCAGCGAUUUGUAUGCGAAGACUAAGCCGACGUUGUAUAUCAAAUUGGCAGACAUCUUCGCGCUGCACAACCUCGUCGCGGACAACCUGUCCGCUGUGGCAUCCGCGAGAGAUGACCCGAUCAAGGAGCUGCUGGCUGACCUGGGCUCGGCAAAGAGCAAUGAGAGCGAUCUCAGUGGGGCCGUGAGUGGUGGUGAAAUCACACUCACGUUGAAGAGCAGGUACACCGUCCAAGAGGACCCGAACGCAGACGCCAGAGCCUUGUUCACGGCAACGAAGCGACUGGUGCUGUACGUCAUCAAAGUCCAAUCCGGCGCCAAUCUGAUGGAGAUUUUGCUCCGUCCGAUCAGCCACGAAGAUGCCGACCGCUGGAUCCAACUCGUGCCAUCAACUUGCUCCGAAGACCGAAGAGACCUCCUCGACCUGCAAAGCAUGACCUACGCCGAGCUGAAAUCCAGCGCUCUGGAGAACAUCCUCGCCCUCGAACAACCGCGCAUCCCCGCCCAGUUCCGCGUCAGCAGGCACGACAACUACCAAGAGCUCCUCAACGCGCUCGCCUCCGACAUCCGGCAGAAGCACCGGCGGCGCCUCGACCGGCAGCGCGAAAUCGAAGGCACGCGCGCCACGCUGUCGCAACUCGACGCCAAGGCCGACUUCCUCGAAGACCAGCUCAAGUCCUACAACGACUACAUCGAGCAGUGCCUGCACACGCUGGCCAACAAGAAGGGCGCGAAGCAUAAAUUCCUGCUCCCCUUCACCAAGCAAUGGAACCACGAGCGCGAACUCGAGCGCGCCGGUCGCCAACCGAAGUUCGGCUCUUACAAGUACUCCGCGCGCCAGCUGGCCGACAAGGGCGUGCUGCUGCAAUGGCCUGGCUAUCCCCUUGAACAAUGGGGACAGGUGAACGUGGUCAUCAGCUCCGACGAGGUGGGCGUUUUCCAUCUUGAGGGCAGCUCGGGGAGUCUGAUGUUGCCUGGAGCGAGCGCGAAUCUGCUGCUGGACGAUCUGCUGCAGGCGCAGUACGACAAUCAGAAUGCGAUUGUGGUGUUUGAGGAGGCGGGCGGGGGGGCCAAGUUGGCGGUGAAUUUGCUGUUGCAUUUGGUGUUUAAGAAGUUUUACCGCGAUGAGUGA